AGUACUGGCAGUGAAUAUCGAAACGCAGCCUUGGUAUGUACUCAGUGCUGCAGUGAGCUAGAGAAGUUACGUUAGGUUAGGUUACGAGUGGUAUGGUGGACGAGUAUUUUUGAAAACUAUCGAUCACCACACCGUCGAGUGAUGCUUUAGUCUAAACGUCGUCAUCGAGAGAAAAAUCGACAGGAUGAACGCAACGACGGAGGGCAGAAGGAUGCAGGAUCUUCCUCCAAAGGGAGGCUACAACCCCAUCCAAACGGACAGGAUCAAACUACGCAAAGUUCUUGGCGCCAAGAGCACGAUCGCGAUCUUCCUGACUACCACGAUCGCCGGAUUCUACGGCUACUAUCUGAGCUUCAGAUUAGUUAGGCAAAACGAGAUUGAAAUGAGAAGCGCACGCCUCGCUAUAUUUCCUGCCUUGCUAGCGGAGCGGGACAGAGCUAUCCUGAAACAAAUGAGACGUAACCGAGAUGCAGAGGCAGAAUUGAUGAAAAAUGUAGAUAGAUGGGAAGUCGGAACGUAUUAUGGAGAACCGAUAUUCUUCCUGGACAACGAAAAUCAAAUUAGAGAACCAAUGUUCUGGGAGCAUUUCGCGCACUCUAAUCCAAAUGUAGUCCGUGAGCGUAGCGAGCGUCAUAUGUGGACAUAAGAGUAUCACAAAUAUGAUAGUUCUAGCCAGUUUUGUGAAUACGACAAAGAACUCUCUUGAAAAAGUAGUCUGUUAAUAAUGAGGAAUAUAAUUACUGUGUAAUUCAUAAUGAAUAAUAUUUUGGAACUAUAAGUUAGAAUAAAAUCAUUACAUAACA